AUGAAGGCAUUUUUGACAGUCGCAACGCUACUUCUUGCGGUCUUUCCGUGUACGUCUGGGGGCCAUGCUCCCUCUUCACCUCAUCUUCAUAUGAGGCUUCGGGGAGGAAUGGAUCAGAUUCGAAGACCUUUCUGUCAGAAUAAGCAAGCCUCGGAUAUCCUCCUCAGAGACUUCAAAUCGCGCAAGAAGAAUCCACCCACAGAUGUUGAAACUCUCGUUGUGCAGAAGCUCUUUGAUUUGUACCAGAACGAUGACAACUUCAAAAUGAUCAAGUAUCUGCAUGUGAUGUCAGUCAAGGAGGUUCCGAUUAAAGAGACCUCCGACAGAGCCCUGUUACUGACCAUCCCGAACAUCGAAAUGAAGGACUACCGGAAUUUCCAGAUCUCUCUUUGCCAGAUCUUGGAAGCUGAGUUCAAUUGUCACAUAUUCUUGCUUCAGCAUCGUAGAAUCCUUCCCAGGGAGAAGCCUGGAAAGAGGUUGCAAAAGCAGAAGCGCCCUAGAAGUCGGACAGUGCAAGCUGUUCAUGAAGGCUAUCUUGAAGAUCUUGUCUGGCCUCAUCGUGUUUCUGCAAAGUAUGAGAUACACGAUGUUGGAAUUGAGAAACCAACCCAUCACUUCAUGUUGGAGAUCAAUUCCAAACCAGAUACAGAGAGCAAGCUGGAGGUAUACAAGCAAGUGUAUUCACAUCUUACUGGCAAGACUUGCGUCUUUGAAUAUCUGGACUAUACUGAGGGUACAGAACUGCAGCGCCAAAUGUGUCCGAACAUUUGGCCAUGCGAUGCAUCGGCUUUUCCAUCAUACCGUGAGAAGUUGGGAAACCAAAUGCAGGAGUUUUCUGAGAUCAAACCAGCUCCCUUGUUCGCUGAAACAUCCAAUAAUGAGCGCAAUGCAAUAGAAGUGAAUCAGGAAUAA